AAUCAUCUUAUAUACGUCUGUGACAAACUCCUCCAUCACCGAACGUGCUACCCAAUCACUUCUCUCCAUUUAUCAACAAACAUAAAACAUUCUCUCCCCUCCCAAAAAAAUAAAACCCCCAGAUUGUGUAUUCAAUAAAAUCAAUCCCCAAAGUUUUUAAUAAAUUUCAUCAAAAAGAUGGAGUUGGACUCGGGGGCUGACUCAGUGAGUUCAACUCCGCGUUCAGUCCAUCAAAAACACCCAAUUUCCGACGACAAAUCAGUCGUCAGACUAAUGGUAAGUUUCGCCGGUAAAAUUAUCCCACGUCCUCACGACAACCAACUUCGUUACGUUGGCGGUGACACGCGCAUCAUCGCUGUUAACCGAACCACAACUUUCUCUCUCCUCCUUUCGAAACUCUCGAAGCUUCUAACCCCUCAAAACGUUGACUUCACGAUCAAAUACCAGCUCCCUAACGAAGAACUCGACGCUCUUAUAACAGUUUCAACUGACGAAGAUGUCGAAAAUAUGAUGGAGGAAUUCGACCGUUUGUGUCUUUCUUCUUCAUCUAAUAAAAUCCCACGCUUGCGUCUUUUUUUAUUCCCUGCUAAUACUACUAAUACUGGAGAAGAAGAUUCUAGAACUUCUAGUAUUGCGUCGCUUUUAGAUGGUUCUAGAAAGAGAGAGAAUUGGUUUCUCGACGCUUUAAAUGGUGGUGCGUCAGGUGGGUUAGAAAGAGGAAGGUCAGAAGUUUCGUCGAUUGUUUCCGAAGUUCCGGAUUACUUAUUCGGUUUGGAUAGUUCGGAUGAUCCGCCUGUUGUUUUAUCCAAAAUUCGGCAUCGGUCAGGUUUGAGUGAACCCGUACCCGGUUCAGCACCCGGGUCGCCUGCUUUUGGAUCCGCCUCUUCUGCCCCACCCAUGCCGAAUCUUCCCCCGGUUAAGACGAAACCCGAAAAGACUAACUUGAACCCGGUUGAGGAUGGUGGGUCGGGUGGGUCGAGUUGGGGUCAGAGUGUUAACCCGGGUUCUCCAUAUCCAGCACAUGCGGUUCAGCAGCAAAUACCGGUUUAUUAUGUACCGGCUGCUGGGGGUGGGCCGGGUAUGGUGGCCCAUAGAAAUGUGGUUCCAGUUCCGGUUCAAGUACCGAUUCCUGGACCGUAUGUGGCGCAAUACGGUCCAGGACCGGUUCAGGUUCCGAUUGGAUAUCCGGGUCCGGGUGUGGGUCCAAUGUAUGAGAUGCCAAUGCAGGGGAAUAUGGUUCAGGGUCAAAAUCAAAUGAAUAUGAACCAAAAUCAGCCUAUAUAUUAUGGGAUUAAAAACGGUGGAAUGGUUGCUGCUUAUCCGGGUACAGGUUUACCUGUUUCAGGAGAUGAAGAUGGGUCAAGGGGUCGGACUUUUCAAAGUUGAAAUUACUUACACCUGUGGUCCGAAUAUAAUUGUCAUUAUAGAAGUUUAAUGUAAACUAUUGUUGAUUGUGAUAAUUAAAAUUCAGACAAAGGCAACAAAUAAACUCAAGCUUAUGUGAGCUUUUAUAUAGCAUUAUGAUAUGAUAUAAUUAUGAUGUGUGUCAUUACUGGAAUAUACUAGUAUAGUAGUAUUUACUUUUCUUCAAA